AUGAUGAUAAUUUUUCUAGCAGUUUUUAUGACAUUACUAUCUUUGUUAGAAGGAAUCCGUUCGGAUGAUGAAAUUGUUUUUGAAAGAAUUGACCAUUCUAGAGAUGAUGAGGUUAUUUUCACUAGACAAACUACUCCGAUGACUACUGUAGAACUCCUGAAGAUGGAAACAACUUCAGCGAAAACACUUUCAUUUACAACUCAAGGACCACAACUCCCGAAGUUUGAAACCACUUUAUCUAAUACACUGUUACGAACAACUACAGUACCAAAUCCAACCACAAGAUGUACAAAAUCGUUUUGUCCGAAUGUGAAAGUCGGAGGUUCUCUGAUAUCAGGAGCAGGAAAUUUCAGACCAGGAUAUGUAUCAUUUCACUAA